AUGCGCAGGCGCUUUAGUACUAGAGUUAGCUGUCAUGAAGGGCGUUUGCGUUUGUGAACUAAUGAACAAGUGAAUAAAAGUAUUAUUUAUACAAAAACACCGGUUUUAUUAAUAAAAGUGUGGUUGUGUACAAUUAUUAUUGCUUUUACGAACAGUUAGCCAGCUUGGCUGGUGAAUUUAAAAAAUGACAACCGAUAUCAGUAUAGUGAGGUGGGAUCCCACCUUGCAACAAGAAAUAGUCGAAGAUUACGAAUACGACGGUGGAAAUUCGUCUUCUAGGCUCUUUGAAAGAUCUCGGAUUAAAGCCUUAGCCGACGAAAGAGAAAGCGUUCAAAAGAAAACGUUCCAAAAAUGGGUAAAUUCACAUCUAGUUCGAGUAAAUGCACGUAUCUCGGACUUGUAUAUCGACAUGAGAGACGGCAAGAAUUUAAUAAAACUAUUAGAAGUACUAUCGGGAGAAAGAUUGCCACGUCCUACGAAAGGAAAGAUGCGUAUUCACUGCCUAGAAAAUGUAGAUAAAGCGUUACAGUUCCUAAGAGAACAACGCGUUCAUUUAGAAAAUAUGGGCUCCCACGAUAUAGUAGAUGGGAAUCCCCGCCUUUCUUUAGGUCUCAUCUGGACCAUUAUCCUUCGCUUCCAAAUCCAAGACAUCACAAUAGAAGAAACGGAUAAUCAAGAAACUAAAUCGGCUAAAGAUGCUCUUCUUUUGUGGUGUCAAAUGAAGACUGCAGGCUAUAAUAACGUUAACGUUAGAAAUUUCACAACUUCGUGGAGAGACGGACUCGCUUUCAACGCUCUCAUCCACAAACAUCGUCCGGAUCUAAUUCAUUUUGAGAAAUUGUCCAAAUCCAAUCCCAUCCACAAUCUUAACAAUGCAUUUAACGUUGCCGAAGAUAAAUUAGGCCUCACGAAAUUACUAGACGCCGAAGACGUUUUUGUCGAACAACCCGAUGAAAAAUCAAUCAUAACCUAUGUAGUAACAUAUUAUCACUAUUUCAGUAAAAUGAAACAAGAAACAGUACAAGGUAAACGUAUCGGUAAAGUAGUUGGUAUCGCAAUGGAAAACGAACGAAUGAUCAAAGAAUACGAAUCACUAACUAGCGAUUUAUUAGCGUGGAUCGAGGCUACCAUCGUAGCUCUUGGAGAUAGAAAAUUCGCUAACAGCUUAGCAGGCGUACAAGCUCAACUUGGCCAAUUCAACAAUUAUCGCAUCGUAGAAAAACCUCCCAAAUUCGUCGAAAAGGGCAACUUAGAAAUUCUCCUUUUCACUUUGCAAUCAAAAAUGAGAGCAAACAAUCAACGUCCUUACACUCCGAAAGAAGGAAAAAUGAUAUCAGACAUUAACAGAGCAUGGGAAAGAUUAGAAAAAUCAGAACACGAACGUGAAUUGGCGCUUAGAGAAGAAUUAAUCAGACAAGAGAAAUUAGAACAAUUAGCCGCCAGAUUUAACAGAAAAGCAAGUAUGAGAGAAACUUGGUUAAGUGAAAAUCAAAGACUUGUAUCACAAGAUAACUUCGGCCAAGAUUUGGCAGCCGUUGAAGCUGCGGCUAAGAAACACGAAGCCAUCGAAACCGACAUAUUCGCUUAUGAAGAACGAGUCCAAGCUGUCGUAUCCGUAGCAGGUGAAUUGGAAACCGAAAACUAUCACGAUAUGGAAAGAAUCAGUGCCAGAAAAGAAAACGUCCUUAGACUAUGGAAUUACUUAUUGGAAUUGCUUAGAGCACGUAGAAACCGUCUAGACAUCUCACUACAAUUACAACAAAACUUCCAAGAAAUGUUACACAUUCUAGAUGCCAUGGAGGAAUUGAAGCAGCGUCUCCUUACCGACGAUUACGGUAAACAUCUUAUGGGAGUUGAAGACCUACUUCAGAAACACAAUUUGUUGGAAGCCGACAUCAAUAUUCUCGGUGAUAGAGUCAAAGCCGUUGCUAGUCAAUCGCAGAGGUUCGUCGAUAUCGAAAGCGAAGAAGGAUACGAACCUUGCGAUCCAGCUUUGGUUUUAGAAAGAGUGCAACAAUUAGAAGAAGCUUAUGCUCAGUUAGUAAGACUCGCAGUUGAACGAAGAUCGCGACUCGAAGAAAGCAAAAAACUUUGGCAAUUCUAUUGGGACAUGGCCGAUGAAGAUAACUGGAUCAAAGAAAAAGAACAAAUUGUUUCUACGUCAGAUAUUGGACACGACCUUACCACCGUUAACCUGCUUCUCAGUAAGCAUAAGAUUCUCGAAAAUGAAUUGGCUGCUCACGAAUCCCAAUUGGAAGCCGCAUUGGACGUUGGAAAAGAGCUAAUCAAUGGAGGUCACUUCGGCGCCGAAAAGAUUCAAGAGAGAUUGAACGAAAUUCGUGACGCUUGGAAACAUCUCUUAGAUUUAGCAGCUUACCGUAGAAAACGCCUAGAAGAAGCUGUAGACUAUCACCAACUAUUCGCCGAUGCCGAUGACAUUGACAUUUGGAUGUUAGAUACCUUAAGAUUAGUUUCCAGCGAAGAUGUUGGACAAAACGAAGGUAACGCACAAUCUCUGCUCAAGAAACAUAAAGAUGUUACUGAGGAACUCAAGAAUUAUGUCAGUGUUAUCGAUGCUCUUCAUCAACAAGCCGAAGCUUUGGGACCAGAUGUAUCUAAUUCCCCCGAAGUAUCCAAAAGACUUGAUUCUAUCGAUAACAGAUACAAAGAACUACUGGAAUUGGCCAAACUCAGGAAACAACGCUUACUUGAUGCUCUUUCUCUAUACAAACUCAUUUCUGAAGGCGACGGAGUUGAACAAUGGAUUAACGAGAAAGAUCGUAUGUUGCAGACAAUGAUUCCUGCUAGAGAUAUUGAAGAUGUUGAAAUCAUGAAACACAGAUAUGAUGGUUUCGAAAAAGAAAUGAAUAGUAACGCUUCCCGCGUAGCUGUAGUUAACCAACUAGCUCGUCAAUUAUUGCACGUUGAACAUCCUAAUUCCGAAGAAAUCACUGCCAGACAAAAUCACCUCAAUCAAAAAUGGGCCGAACUUCGCGAAAAAGCUGAAGCUAAGAAAGAAGAACUCAAUUCCGCUCAUGGAGUACAAACUUUCCAUAUCGAAUGUCGUGAAACUACUACUUGGAUUGAAGACAAAAUCAGAAUACUUCAAACAACUGACAGCUUGGAAAUGGAUCUUACCGGUAUCAUGACCCUUCAACGUCGAUUAUCGGGAAUGGAAAGAGAUCUUGCAGCAAUUCAAGCUAAACUUACGUCCCUACAGAAAGAGGCAGAAGCCAUUGAAGCUGAACAUCCCGAAGAAGCUGCUGUAAUCAGAGAACGUAUUGCCCAAAUUCAAAUUAUUUGGGAGAAAUUAACACAAAUGUUGAAAGAACGCGAUUCCAAACUUGAGGAAGCCGGAGAUUUACACAGAUUCCUCCGCGAUUUGGAUCACUUCCAAGCAUGGCUAAGCAAAACACAAACAGAUAUUGCUUCCGAAGAUACUCCUAGCUCAUUAUCAGAAGCAGAAAAACUUCUUUCUCAACAUCAAGCUAUUAGAGAAGAAAUUGACAAUUACACUCCUGAUUACACUAAGAUGAUGGAAUAUGGUGAAAGAAUCACAGCAGAACCAAGUACUCAGGAUGAUCCUCAAUAUAUGUUCCUAAGGGAACGUCUAAAAGCUUUGAAAGACGGCUGGGAUGAAAUACACCAAAUGUGGGAAAACAGACAACAACUUCUUUCGCAAUCUCUCAGUUUGCAACUCCUCGAUAGAGAUGCUAGACAAGCUGAAGUUAUCCUCAAUCAACAAGAGCAUACUUUGGCUAAAGACGAAAGCCCUACAACUUUGGAACAAGCCGAGAAUUUACUCAAACGCCACGAAGCAUUCCUUGCUACCAUGGAAGCUAACGACGACAAAAUCAAUGGUGUUGUUGAAUUUUCACGAAGAUUGGCUGACGAAGGACACUUUGCUACUGAUAAGAUAGCUAAGAGAGCCGAUAACAUCGAUGAACGUAGAUUGGCCAACAGAGAAAAAGCACAAGCUCUUCUUGAAAGACUAAGAGAUCAAUUAGAACUUCAUCAAUUCUUGAGAGACUGCGACGAAUUAGGAGAAUGGAUACAAGAAAAACAUAUUACCGCACAAGACGAAACGUAUAGAUCUGCAAAAACAGUUCAUUCCAAAUGGACCAGACAUCAAGCAUUCGAAGCUGAGAUAGCCGCCAACAAAGAACGUCUUCAUAAUCUACAAAGAGCCGCCGAAGAACUGGCCAAAGAAAAACCGGAAUAUGCCAGUCAUAUCCAACCAAAGAUUGAAGAUAUGAUAGAUCAGUUUGACGUUUUGGAACAAACGACGAAGGAAAAAGGCGAACGCUUGUUUGAUGCUAACCGCGAAGUACUCAUCCAUCAAACAUGUGACGAUAUCGAUUCUUGGAUGAACGAACUCGAAAAACAAAUCGAAAGCGACGACACCGGAUCCGAUUUGGCCUCUGUCAAUAUUCUCAUGCAAAAACAACAGAUGAUAGAAACUCAAAUGGCUGUCAAAGCACGACAAGUCGGAGAACUCGAGAAACAGACCAAACAUUUAGAAACUGCCGCUCCAGAAAAAGACAUGGAAGAAAUUAAAGUAAAGAAAACAAAAGUUGAACAACGUUUUGCCCAACUCAAACAACCGCUUGUCGAAAGGCAGAGGAUAUUAGAAAAGAAGAAAGAAGCAUUACAGUUCAGAAGGGACAUAGAAGAUGAACUUUUAUGGAUUGCAGAAAAGAUGCCCCAGGCAUUAUCCACGGAAUACGGAAACAGUCUCUUCCAAGUUCAUAUGUUGGAGAAAAAGAACCAAUCUCUUCAAACAGAAGUAGAUAAUCACGAACCUAGGAUUAAUACUGUUUGCAAUAAUGGUCAAAAACUUAUUGAUGAAGGUCAUGAAGAUGCCGCAGAAUUUAGCCGAUUAAUCAACGAACUCCAUAAAGCUUGGCAAGAACUAAAGGACGCUAUCGAAAAGCGUCGCGAAAAUCUCCUUAGAAACGAAAGGGCUCAACAAUAUCUGUUCGAUGCCAACGAGGCAGAAAGCUGGAUGAGCGAGCAAGAAUUGUACAUGAUGGUAGAGGAUCGUGGUAAAGACGAAACGUCAGCGCGCAAUUGCAUGAAGAAACACGAAAGUCUCGAAGCUGCCGUGGAAGAUUAUGCGGAUACAAUUAGAUCACUUGGCGAAACAGUUAGAGCAUUAGCAGCUGAAGGUCAUCCACUUGCCGAACAAGUAGCAAUCAAACAAUCACAACUCGACAAAUUGUACGCCGGUCUCAAAGACUUGGCAGGAGAAAGACGUGCUAAACUAGACGAAGCACUACAACUAUUCUUACUCAAUAGGGAUGUCGGAGAUUUGGAACAAUGGAUAGCCGAUAGAGAAGUAGUAGCAUCUUCCCAUGAAUUAGGUCAAGACUACGACCACGUGACCUUACUAUGGGAACGUUUCAAAGAAUUCGCACACGACACUGAAGCUAUAGGAAGUGAAAGAGUUCAAGCUGUUAAUGAUGUAGCCGAUCAGUUAAUUGCUGCAGGACAUUCUGAUUCAGCCUUAAUAGCUGAAUGGAAAGAUGGUUUGAACGAAGCUUGGCAAGAUUUACUCGAGUUGAUUGAAACUAGAACACAAAUGUUGGCUGCUUCCAGAGAGUUGCACAAGUUCUUCCACGAUUGUAAGGAUGUACUGAGUAGAAUAGUGGAAAAACAGGUAUCCAUGUCAGAUGAAUUAGGAAGAGAUGCGGGCGCCGUAAACGCUCUCCAACGCAAACAUCAGAACUUCCUCCAAGACUUGCAAACACUGCAAUCCCAAGUUCAACAAAUUCAAGAAGAAUCGGCCAAGCUUCAAGCAAGUUAUGCCGGCGACAGAGCGAAAGAAAUUACAAACAGAGAACAAGAAGUUGUGUCAGCUUGGGCAGCAUUACAAAUAGCCUGCGAACAAAGGCAUUGCAAAUUGAGCGAUACUGGUGAUCUAUUUAAAUUCUUCAAUCUAGUAAGGACAUUAAUGCAAUGGAUGGACGAAUGGACGAGACAGAUGAAUACUAGCGAGAAACCUAGAGAUGUUAGCGGUGUCGAAUUGUUAAUGAACAAUCAUCAAACCUUGAAAGCUGAAAUAGAAGCUAGAGAGGAUAAUUUCACGGCUUGCAUUUCAUUGGGAAAAGAAUUGUUGAGCAGAAAUCACUAUGCCAGUGCUGAGAUUAAAGAUAAAUUGGUAACUCUCACCAAUCACAGAAAUGCUGUAUUGCAGAGGUGGGAAGAAAGAUGGGAGAAUCUGCAACUCAUUCUUGAAGUAUAUCAAUUCGCCAGAGAUGCUGCAGUAGCUGAAGCAUGGUUAAUAGCCCAAGAACCGUAUCUAAUGAGUCACGAAUUAGGACAGACAAUAGAUGAUGUAGAAAAUCUUAUUAAGAAACAUGAAGCAUUUGAAAAAUCAGCAGCAGCGCAAGAAGAAAGAUUUAGCGCUUUGGAGAGGUUAACAACGUUUGAAUUAAGAGAAAUUAAGAGGCGACAAGAAGCAGCCCAAGCAGAAGAGCGAGCUAGGCGAGAGAAGGAAGAAGCAGAGAGACUUGCGGCUAUUGCUGCUGCACAACCCAAAGAAAUCGAAACAGUUGCAGCUGAUAGACCCGAUACCGCAUCGCCAGCUGUGGAGGAACGACCAGUGCAUGAAGAACGGCAAACCAGACCUCAGACUUUACCUUCCACGAGUGCACAAUCAACACCAACAUCAAGUACUCCUCCUCGCGCACAGACCCUGUCGAGAGCCGAAGAGAAAACCAGAAGAAAAGAUCGCUCUCGCAGCAAAUCUCCAUUCAGGAGUUUCCGUUGGAAAAAGAGCUCUAAAGCAUCUGGAACUCACAGCGACGACGAAGGUGUUACGUCGUCAAAAUUGCAAGAACCAGGCAGCAUAGGAGACGACGAAACCUUCGAAGGUACGUUGGUACGUAAGCACGAAUGGGAGAAUACAACGACUAAAGCAAGUAACCGUUCAUGGGAUAAAGUAUAUUGCGUCUUAAAAGGAGCCCAAUUGACAUUCUACAAGGAUGCCAAAACUGCAAAAUCAACACCUGAACAGAGGUUCAAAGGCGAACCAGCGCUGUUAUUGAGAAAAGCCGUUGCUAACGUGGCGCAGGAUUAUAAGAAGAAGAAACACGUGUUUAGGCUGAAAUUGGACAGUGGUGGUGAAUUCCUCUUCCAAUCGCAGAACGACUCUGAGAUGAACACGUGGAUUGCAAACAUUAAUUCUCAUGCAGACACAGAAUCUGCUGGUCCUUCUCGCUCACAUACAUUACCCGCAUCUGGGCAGAAGGAGGAUUCCAAACGUCGCAGCUUCUUCACUUUAAAGAAAACAUAAACUGUUCUACUUCUAUUCUUGAUCAUACCUGUAUCCUUACGCUUUACCUGAGAGGACUAUUGUCCACAUUUCGCCCUUCUUUUAUAUUUGCAUAAAUAUUUAAUAUAUUUUUCUUGUAGUUUGCACAUUAUAAUUAUUAUAUAGUAAUUUUUAAAUGUAUAGUAAUAUAUUAAUACUAUGUGAUUAAAAAUCAACUUGACUGGGGCACAAAAGUUUAACCUCAGUAAACUGGUGUUGUAUUUAUUAAUGAAAUGAUUUGAAAAUAAUAUAUACAUAGUUGAGAAGAAAUAAAUAAAGUAAAAUGUAAGAGUCCCAGUAAUAAUCGUUUACAAUUACAUUUGGACAGUUUUUUGUCUGUCAAUUUCUCCUUUUUAUAUUUUUUGUUCAAUAAUCUAUCUAAACCAUUAUUUGUAAGUUGCAAUAUUCUUUUCAGCUUUGCUUAGCAAAGGUCAUUCUGUCGGUGACAAGUCAUUCAUUAAUUUCAUAUAUAUUAUUUGUAGUUAUUUCUAUUUUACAUAAAUGAACUGUGUGCUUUUAAAAAUGGAGUUAUAAUAAAUAUUGUUUUUAGUA